CCGCGAGCAUGGAGAAAAAACACUUCAAGGAAUACUUAACAGGUGUGGCUUGUUAUGAGAUUACUUAUUUAUCCAUUUUUUAAUUAUCUAUUGUUUUUUUUAUAAAGAAAAAAUAUUUGUACGAAAAAAAAUCUUAGUCAAGUACGCAACUACACGAAAUAAGACCCAUGUUUGUUAUUGAUAUGUAAAACAAUCUCAUCUGACCAUAUCUCAAGACAUUACACCAACAACACAUAAUUAUUUAGCAAAUUCUUUCAACAACCAAACUAAAUCCCAGAUUUGUUGCGUUUCAACACUUGAUGUGAGACCAAGGUCCAUAGGGAGCCAUAAUUAAUAAAUGUUAAAAAGAUCCCAACAGAUAGCAUGAUACGUAUCUACCUAUAGCUAUAGGUAUACAAACCCCUGGAACAAUAUUCCCUGAAGGAUUAACACCAACAUUUGUAACCGCACAUUUGAAUUUCCGCAUUUCACACAUUUGAAUUUUAUGUCGGUUGACGCUGCAGAUUAUUAUAUUAUGCAUUUGUUUUGUAUUGGUACUUGUGUCUAUGUAUUAUUACAUUAUUGAUAUAUGUUUCAGCACGAAGAUUUUCAACGAAGACUUUCAGCGAAUAAGACACGCUUUUGCAUGAUGUAAAGUUGUAGACCUUAAUAAUACUUCCAAACUAUUAUUAUUUAUCAAAAUACUCUGGUUGACUGUAUACUACAUUUAAAUAUUAGAAAAAAUCGCAACCGGGUCGCGACAUGUGGCCAAUUGUAGACGCUAUCUCCAUUACAUAAAGCUCGUAAUACAACGUUAUAACAAAGUCGUUCGAGAAUAUUCUAGAAAACAUUAUGACAGAAGCGUACUCUAGACACCUAUGUUCUGAAUUUAAUUUCAGUCUCCAAAUAUAAAUCAGCGGCAUACGUCGUGUCAACGACCCAAAACGUUAUUUUAACGACAGCAUUAGCGUGCUCCGAUUUGUUCACGUUCAAACAUACAGAACACUUUACAUAUAAUUAAUGAGGCGACAAAACCUCAUCUCGGUCGCAGUUAAAGUCAAUUCCCACUGAAAUUUCAUCAUCGUCAAUCUAACUUGGGUUUAAUAAGUAAUACUCGUGGCGUGGGCCGUCCCUGAGCUCGGCUUGGUGCGUCCAGCGAGAUGUUGUGCGUCUCAUCUAUCCCGCUAUCCCUUACUCGCGCGCGCGUGCUGCGGUCUCAGAGGGAAACCUCGCAACGUCCCUCCAUUACCAUAAUACGCGUCGAUAAAUCUACUCGUAUGUGUUGAAAUCGUGGAUGAAAAAAUCAAAUAGAAUUUUUAGAUAGCAUUUAAAGAAAUGUUAUCGUAUAUUUUUGUGUUUGUGAAGGAAAUGAAGGUGUGCAAGUGGCGCCACCUGCGGCGGUGUAUCUGUCCCGCUCUUGAGGCGAGGGCGUGUCCCCAGGGCGCCUCCCCCAGUCCGCGGGGACGGACGGGGGCGCCGCGAAGCCCGGGCACUCGGCGCCGCUCUCCCGCGACGCUUGUUAGUGUUCCGCAAAUUCACAGCGGGAUCGCCCGCACAACCGGGACUCGAUCCCUGAACGCACAUACGAUAACACAGAGCCGCCUACCGGAUAGUUAUACAACAGAUAGUUGAUACCAAGUUGAAGUAUUUUUUCCAAACGUACUUUUUUAACGACGAAUAUUUUUUGUGUAACUUCUUUGAGGUUUUCCUGUGUUUUUUAAAUACAACUAAAAUUGUUUUUGCCGUAAUUUGUUCUUGAAACAUGAAAGUUUGAACAAAAAUAAAAACUUUUUCGAAGAUAAUUCGAAAAAAAUCACGCAACUUAAAGAAAAUAAAUAAAUAAUAUUUUUUCUUAGUUAAAAAGGACAGUGAAAAUAAAAACAUAAGAAUUCGAAUUUCGAACGUAAUUUUCGGAGUAGUUCGUGAUUUUCCGGGGGUGUUCGUGCGCUUUCGGGCGCGUAAUCGGGUGCGUGUCGUGAUUCGAGAUUCGGUCGGACGAGUUGAACGCGGCGGCGGGCGGGUACACGGGCUCACCGUGGCCGCCGCUGGAACUCGACCCCGUGGGAUGGGGACGAAAGCUAUACCCUUCGGGAGCCCCAAGAUCUUCAGGCGGACUGAUGUUCGGCCUGCACCACCAGGAGGCGGCGGGGGGCAUCCACGCUCAGCCCCGAGGACCUGUCACCUCACUAAAGGAAGAACCCCUCACUCGGGCAUGGAUGACUCCCACCUCACUAGUUGAUAAUACCAAUAGCGUAGGCGUGGGUCGUGCGCAUUUCGAGAAGCAACCACCCAGCAACCUGCGCAAGAGCAACUUCUUCCAUUUCGUGGUCGCGCUCUAUGAUAGAGCGGGACAACCAGUGGAAAUCGAACGCACCGCCUUCAUCGGAUUUAUUGAGAAAGAUCAGGAAGUUGAAGGGCAAAAGACGAACAAUGGCAUCCAGUACAGGCUUCAAUUACUUUAUGCAAAUGGUAUCCGACAAGAACAAGACAUAUUCGUUCGACUUAUCGACUCGGUGACGAAACAGCCUAUUGUAUACGAAGGACAAGAUAAAAAUCCAGAAAUGUGCAGGGUUCUACUAACACAUGAAGUUAUGUGCAGUCGGUGUUGUGACAAGAAGAGUUGUGGUAACAGAAACGAAACGCCUUCGGAUCCUGUUAUCAUCGAUCGAUUUUUCUUGAAGUUCUUCCUGAAAUGCAACCAGAAUUGUUUGAAGAAUGCCGGCAAUCCUAGAGAUAUGAGAAGAUUUCAAGUGGUAAUAUCAACUCAAGUGAUGGUGGACGGUCCUCUACUAGCGAUAUCAGACAAUAUGUUUGUCCACAACAACAGCAAGCAUGGCCGGAGGGCAAAGCGACUAGACCCAAGCGAAGGUACAGACGCCGCGACAGACAAUACUUCAGGUUUAUAUCCGCCACUGCCAGUAGCGACGCCAUGCAUCAAGGCCAUAUCACCGAGCGAAGGGUGGACGUCAGGGGGAUCGACAGUCAUCAUAGUCGGGGACAACUUCUUCGACGGACUCCAAGUAGUAUUUGGAACCAUGCUAGUAUGGAGCGAGUUAAUAACAUCGCACGCGAUAAGAGUGCAGACCCCGCCGCGUCACAUACCCGGUGUGGUGGAAGUGACGCUUUCGUACAAGAGCAAGCAGUUCUGUAAGGGGGCGCCCGGGAGAUUUGUUUAUGUUUCAGCGUUGAACGAGCCAACGAUAGAUUACGGCUUCCAGAGGCUACAAAAACUUAUACCAAGACAUCCCGGCGACCCGGAAAAAUUACCUAAGGAAAUAAUUCUAAAACGAGCAGCGGACUUGGCGGAGGCACUGUACUCAAUGCCUCGCAACAACCAAUUAGGACUCGGCGCGCCUCGAUCACCGCCAGCCAGCAUGCCUUUCAAUUCAUACACGGGACAACUGGCUGUCAGUGUACAAGAUACUGCUGCCUCGCAGUGGACUGAAGAGGAGUACGCGCGCUCCGGCGGCUCGGUAUCGCCGCGGUACUGCUCCGCCGCGUCCACGCCGCACGCCGCGCCCGCCGCCUACCCACAUCCACAACACUACCCUGCACCGCCGACCUCACUCUUCAAUACCACGUCACUGUCUCUAGGUCCGUACCAUCCGGCGAACAUGAAUGGACACUUAUCAUCUGACCGUCACUAUAACGCGUAUAAUACGAAAGAUAGCGGACAUUACAGUGAAAGAAAUGGGAAUUCUAAAAGCCUGGACGACUGUCCGGUAAACAUUCAUACAAAAUGCACCGACAGCGAUAUGAAAGGGGCUCAGAAUAAAGAGACUAAGCUGAGAAGCGCUUUUGCCGUAGUGAGGCAGAGUCCGCCACGCGUUGCCAAUGAGCAUCAUCAGAAUUGGCACCACCUCGCCGUCCAGUGAAUGGGUGGUCUUGUAUCAUCACCAUUCAGUGUCAAUCCGUUUUCGCUGCCGACUUGCAGCGCUCAGCAAUACGCCCAGACUGCCCCACUUGCUUCUAAGUAGCCCACAACAACACAGGCCUUCGAUGGUGAUGGUCAGUUUCUAUUAUAAGACAUUUUAAACCUUAUUAUAAUCUGUCUACAGGUGAUUUUAGAGAUAAAAUGGUGUUAGUGCAGAUUUUGUUACAUAUUUUUUUGUUGUUAUUGUGUAAUGAAAUAUUAUCAGUGAAAUAAGGUAUUGUUUAAUUUUUUAUUUAUUUGUUUUACACUUUUGUUCCUGACUGUACUAUAAAAGGGUCAUCACAACUAAGAAUCUGGUAAUGGCGGCAUUGUAAAUACAAUUGUAAUUUUUGUGUAAAUAUUAUAGAUAAUUAAAAUAUAAAAUUCAAUAGUUGAGUUGCUAGAUUGAACGGUAGCGGUAGAUUUUAUAUACAUUCGAAGGCUAACGUUAACUGCUCAGGACGAUUUUAAACUUUAAUGUCAUGUAAAAAGAUUAUGUUUUCGUUUACCCGUAUGUGUGUCGAUUUUGUUCUUGUAAAAUCUGUGAUAUAUUUAUUGUAAGUGACGUUGUAAAUUUUUAAAUUAAUGUAAAAUUAAAUGUAACGGUGUAAAUUUUUCGAUUUUGAAAUUUUGAAUAGCGUUUCAAUUAUUUUCGCGCUUAGGUUACGGAUUCGGACAUCGAAAAAUAUUUUGAAUUGAUCAUAUCUAGAAACAAUACAUAUCCAGUAAAUACGAAGUUUGGGAUGUAAUAUUGUACAACGAAAGAAAAUGAAAAUCUGAUGCCGAAACGAAAUGUAUACGAAAAUAAAAUAAAAUAUCUCUUCUCUGGCUCACUUUGCUUAGAUUCACGCAAAACGAAUUGUAUUUUGUGAGGUAAACUCCGUGAAUAUAUUAUGUAGUGACGUAUUAUUGUUUAACGCAACUGUGUAUCAAAUAAGACAUUGUAAAUUGUAAUCGUUCAUGAAACAAAUUAUCACGAAAUACGAGAUUAAAUUACGUAAAAUAAUUUAAAAA